CCGGUGCGGACAGAGGGAGUGCGUGGUCUGCACGUGGCACUCAAUGCAUCCUUGGCACUAUAGUCCAAGUUGGUCUAGUUUUAACGCGAAGAUUGAAGAGCGCACAUUGACCUAGACGCGCAAUACAGGGAGGCAGACAGCGAAAGGAGAAAUCAGUUGCGUCCUAGUGCGGCAGCGGGAUAUGGAUUUUUCCACCAGACAUUAGAGCGCAUCUCUAUCAAGAAGACGACUCUGAAGCUGUUGGUUGAAUGAGUGACUUUCUUCUGGCUGGUUCAAUACGUGACUUGCUCGGGAACGAAUCACGGAAAAGAACAACCGCCAAUGAUGAGAUAAAAUAACAAGUUUAUCUCGCAAAAUAAAUAACUGUAGUGAAAGAAUACGUGUGAUAGAUUGAGUACCGCAAAUACUGCCACUUGGUUUUAGUUGUCACUUCAAUGGAGAAAAUGUUUCUAGUCGGAGGGAGAUGUCUAACGAUAAUUAUCAUCGUUUUAGUACUUUUCGUUGUGUUGGUGAUGAGCUUUCCCAACAAACACCACCACAAACGCCACAAUGGUGUUUUUUUGUUGGCUCGUGAUCAGCCGCCCAUCAGUGGGGUCCAUCAUGGACCGGAGGCCCUGGAGCAGCAGAACCAGGUCCAGAACCUCCUCCCCCCUGUCACUGAGCACCGCCACAAGAGGAGGUGGUUCCACUCCCAGCACCGCUCCGUAGGGGUUCUGCCCCAGCCAGAGCCUGAGGAGAUCAAGCCCUUCGUUCUGGACCUGAAGAACUUCCCUGAGCUGGCCAACGCAGACAUCAGCUCGCAGAACCCCAACAUCCAGGUGUGGUGA